AUGUCUCCAGCAAGAGAUCCAGCAACUGGUCGAUUUGUAUCCUCCUCGUCCUCUUCAACUUCCAGUGGAAGCAGUAGUAGUAGCGGUGGUGGUAGUUGUUACAGUAGUAGUUACUCCAGUUGUCCUUCCUCUUCAAGUGGAAGUUCUGUGUCCUCAUCUUCUUACUCCUCUCGCGCAAGAGAUCCCUCAACAGGAAGAUUUGUAUCUUCUUCUUCAUCUUCCUCUUCAACAUCCAGUUCAAGUGGAAACAGUAGUAGUGGAAGUAGUGGUUACUCUAAUAGUUACUCCAAUUACCCUUCUUCCUCAGCUGGAAGUUCUGUUUCCUCGUCAAACUCCAAUCGACCACGAGAUCCCUCAACAGGAAGAUUUGUUUCUUCCAACAGUGGUGGAUCUAAUAAUGGAACCACUAGUUCAACAACGUCUACUACAAGCAGCUUGUCCAAUGUUGAGUCCUCUUCGAGUUCAUCAUCAAAGCCAAGAGAUCCAUUGACUGGGCGUUUUAUUUCUCCAAGUAGUAGUAGUAGUGGUGGUGUUAUUGUUGAUACUACUUCAAGUGCUUCCAAUAGUGGUGUCAACAAGUCCAAUACAACAACAAAUGACAAUCAACCAAGAGAUCCAGUAACAGGUCGAUUCAUGCCAAUGAAAAACUCCUCAACACCUCAACAAGAUGACAAUUUGGAACAAGUGACAUCCAAGAUGCAAAAUCUUUCCAUUAAUAAAUCAUCGAAAAGAAAUGUGGACCUCCAGAAAGAGUGUAGUGAUUCAUACACUGGAGAUUAUGUGACGGAAGCUUCACAUUACAUUUCUGUUAAGGAACGUGAAUACUUUAAUCUCCCAAACAAGAAUGACAGCGAAGCCAAUUACAGAAAUCAAAACCAAUUGACAAAUAGAUCUGUUCACACCACCAUUGACAAUUAUCUACUUGCACAAUCACCAAAACAUUCGGUGGAAGCCACAGCAUUAAAAUGCAGUGCUGGAUACAUUUCAAAGGAUGAAAUCAAGCAACGAAUUGAAAUGAAAAUCAAAGUGGCAAAAGAAACUGGUGAUAUUAAUAAUAAGAGGUAUCGAAAUUUUCUACACAAGUGUGCAGAAGUUUAUGGUGUGGCAUUUAAUGGUUAUAAUUAA